AUGUAUCAUUCCGGCCCCUCAAUAGCAAAUAGGAGAUCCAUUCUUGGAAACAAGAAUCAUGGCUUCAAAAUCAUACCUUUAAUCGAAGUAAAUUCCGAAAUUGUAAAUUUUUGUUACGCAUAUAUGCGUAAAGACAUUUACGUAAUGACACAAAUACAAGAAAACUCAAUAACAAAGAAAAGGGUCUAUAUACUUACGCGAACAAAAGUCGUAAAUGGCGAAAUUCGAAAAGUUGUAAAAGAAAUUCCAGUUGAAAUACUUUCAUUAUUUGUAAUUCCCGAAACAGACAGAUUCUUUGCGAUGGAUACCCGCUUUUAUCUCUAUUAUAUUACUACAGAUGCAGAUUUAGUCAAAAUAAGUACAGAUGCGAGUGCUUUGAACACGUGGGGUAUACGUCCUUUCAUUUAUAACAACUCGAUCUACAUUCUACUUCUAGAUGGAAAGAUGACUCCUCAUCUUCAUCUUUAUAAAUUUACAAAUCAAAACAAAGAACUAGUUUGCGACAUGCACAUGCAAGUAAAACCAUUCUUAGCAUUCAACAAUGAAAUUAGUCAACUCAAAAACGAAGAAAUUACAGCAGUCGUCCCUGUAGUAAUUAAAGAUCAAUUAUACAUAUUUGCUACGAACAGAAACGUCGGAAUGUUCGCGGAAUACAAUAUUAAGACCCAAAUGGACAUUGUUAUCUUCAGAAGUUUCUAUCAAAAACCAAAAAUUGAUGGAGUUACAAUUUUUCCAUUCAUUGAUUCAAAUAACAAGCAACUCUGCAUCUUAAACCAAUUAGGUAUCAACAUAUUCAACAUAAAUGACAUUAUUGGCGGCAGAACUAUUCCAUCUCCGAUUACUAUUUAUGAUUCAGUAAUUAUGGACGCGAUGGGCCUUGAAAAAUUCAUUUUGUUGUAUAGAACUAAUACUUUUCCAUUCUUUAUGACUGAUAAACAUAUUGUUUUGUUUAUUACAAAGGAUAUGCACGGAAAAUACCAUAAUCCGGCCAUGGUAUUGUUCUCUAUAGCUUCUUGUAGACUUUCUGCAAAGAUAUUCUUAGCAGAUAUGAAGAUAACUUCGUUUACUCCGGCUCCUGAUUUAAAUUCUUUUAUAGUAACGGAAAAUUACGGUGCUAUUAAGGUAGAUUACACAAAUGAAGUGGAUAAUACACGUUCACAUACAAUAGAUGAGAUGAUUCAUGCUACAAAACCAAAUGUUUUUAUUAGUGCGGCAGAAAUCGUAGUAAAGUCACUAAUGGAGUCGAAAUUUAAAGAUUCAACACAAAAGCUUAACGAAAUCGUCCAUUCCAAGGAGAAUGUCUCAGAAGAUCAGAUUUUAUUAUCUUAUAUCUUGAUGAAUGAGCUGCUGAUGAUAGAUACGGGUACGAAAUUCAAACCAUCGUUCAAUCUGCCCAAGGUUGAUAAGGAAAUGGCUAAGAAAUAUGAGAAAUUUUUGGAUUAUAUUAAAUAUUUGAGAGCUUUUUCACCAGCGAUCGAGAACACUGUAAGCCAAAAUAACCAGACAGACAAUGAAGCCUCAAUCAUGAAGACAGAUGUUGCGAAAUACGCAAUUGAACAUCCGAAUGAGUUUUUUGAUAAAAUUUCAAAACUUCCUUACCAACAAAAAUGGGAAAUUUUGCCUCCUAUCGUCGCUUUCUUCGAUAACAGCCUUGACAACGAAAAAGUGUUUAAUCUUCUCAAGGAAGCACUGAAAGAAGGACUUUGGGAGCAUGCACAUCUCCUUAUGAUGACAAUUAUCAAUAAAGGAGUCAAUUUGGAGCAUUACAACGAAGAAUUCGGAAAAUUAUUUUCGAACCAACACCCGUUGUUCAAAUAUUUCCCUAUUUUAAGGAUGCAACUCGUUAAAGCGAACAUGCAGAAGACUUUGGAGUCAUUAUCUUCGCUUUCCGAAAAAUUUAUAGAAAAGAAACAAAAUUUAACAAACGCAGAUAAUAAAGGAAUAUCGAGAAACGAAAUACAUACACAAAUAGAUGGUUUCUUGAACAAUGUGAACAGUUUAAAGGCCCAUAUUGACCAAUGUGGCAAAAUGAUGGAGCAAGAGUUGCUUUCUCCACUUUCUAAUAUACAAACAAACUACUGCAGUGUCUGUGACAAGCCAUUGGUCGAUGAUGGAAUAGUUUUCGAGUGUGGCCACGGAUUUCACGAAAAAUGUCUCAUUGAAAAGCUCAAACCUCUUUUAUCUAGUCAAGAUUUGUACGAUUUGAACCAAUACGAGUACGCGCGCAGUCCAGAAAACAUGGCUCUUCGCGAAGACAUCAUUUUGCAAGAUUGUCCAUUAUGUGGAGAAAUUGCGCUUGGAUACAUCAAUAUUCCUAUAAUUGAUUCAAAGUCACCAACAAAUUUCCCUAUUUUGUAA